AUGGGCUCCAAGAAGGGCGGGUCGCAGCUCGCGCAGCUCCGCACUGGCCUCCGCGACGCGGGUGUGACGGGCAGCAAGCCGAAAAAGGGGCAGAAUGAAGAGGGGCGUGUCGGCCAGUACCGCGCGCAGCAGCGCCGCAAGCGUCUCGACGCGCUGAUGGGCAACCUGAACGCCUUUGACGAGCGCGUGGCAAAGAGCAAGAACGACGUGCUCGGCCGCAAGGUCAAAGGCACGACCGGGCGCCCUGGCGUAACCAAGUCGGGUGCAAUCCAGCAGCGCCGCGAGCAGCUGCUGCCGGAAAUCGCGGGUCGUCACCGCUCGUCGUCGUUCGUCGACCGCCGCUUUGGCGAGUACAAUCCGCACAUGUCCGUCGAGGACAAGAUGCUGCAGCGUUUCACGCACGAGCGCCAGAACCGCACAGGCAAGACGUCGCUCUUUGACCUGAACGACGACGAGGACACCGGCCUGACGCACUACGGCCGCUCGCUCUCGGGCCUCGAAGAAAUGCCAGACGUGUAUCCAGACGAGGACGAGGACGACCAAGGCAACAUUGACGCCCACGAGACCGAGCAGGGGCACUUUGCGGGCUUUGACGAGCCGAACGAUGGCACCCGCAACAAGGCCGAGGUCAUGAAGGAUAUCAUCGCCAAGUCCAAGCUCGCCAAGUACGAACGCCAAAAGGCCAAGGACCAGGACGACGAAAUGCGCAUGGAGCUCGACGAGGAGCUCGGCGAUAUUCGCUCGCUCCUCUUCCAGCGCCCGCAGAAGGAGGAGGGCGAAGAGCCAGAGGAGCCGCCCAAGUCGACGGCCGACGAAAAGAGCGAGGCGUACGAUGCAUUCGUGCGUGAAAUGGCGUUCGAGCGCCGCGCAAAGCCACAGGACCGUCUCAAGUCGGCAGAAGAGCUCGCCGAGGAGCAGGCAAAGCGCCUGCGCGAGGCGGAGGCUGCGCGUCAGCGCCGUAUGCACGGCGAAGAGGUCGUCGAGGAGGAGGACGACGAGGAGGGCGAAGAGGACGACGAGGCGCCGGCCAAGCGCCGACUUGUCGAGGGAUCCAGCGGCGAGAAGCGCUCGGUGCGCUCGGCGAUGGGUCUUGGUGCGAGUCUCGAUGCGCAGUUUGAGCCUCGCUUUGAUAUGGAUGAUGAGGAAGAGGAGGAAGACGAUGAGGAUGAUGAGGAAGACGAUGAGGAUGGGGAGGAAGACGAGGAGGAGGACGAGGAUGAGGACGAGGAUGAGGAAGACGACGAGGAAGACGACGGUCUCUCCAAAUUCGAGCGUCAACACCUCCGUGAUACCCCCGCCGAAGACACGGCGCCUGGCUACGGCCGCUCGCUCCCCAAACGCGACGAGGUCCCUACGCUCCCAUUUACCUUCCCCUGCCCCACGUCGCAUGACGCCUUUCUGGACAUUUUAGAAGAGCACCAAGUGCAGCCCUCGCAACUCAACACCGUCAUCAGUCGCAUCCGCACGCUGCAUGCGCCGAACCUGGACGAAAAGAACCCCGAGCGUCUGCAGCGCUUCCUUGGCGUCCUGGUCGACCACCUGCUCUACCGUGCGAGCCAAGGCGCCCGCGGUGUGCACGACAACGGUUCGCCAUCGGCCGACUUUGGCGUGCUCAACGAUCUCGUGCUGCACAUUGCCGAGCUUUCCAAGACAUACCCUGCGCGUGCCGCUGAGCACUUUGUGGCGAAGCUCGCCAUGAUGCAGCGCAACCUUACCCGUGGCCUCGGCCGUGGCCCCCUGGAGCUGAGCUCGCUGACGUGGCCUGCGCUGCCUGAGCUGUGCCUGCUGCGCACCGCCGGCCUCGUGUGGCCGACGAGCGACCGCUGGCACCCCGUCGCGACGCCGCUGUCGCUGCUCAUGGCGCAGUACCUCGCUCAUGCACGCAUCCGUUCGCUGGAGGAUAUGGCCUCUAGCCUGUACCUCUGCACGCUUCUUGCGUCGAACCAGCGUGCGAGCAAGCGCCUGAUGCCCGAGGCGCUCAAUGCGCUCUACUCGAUCACGGCCAUUCUGCUUCCGUCCUUAAAGACGAGUGGCACGUCGCCUGCCAAGGCGCUCGCGGAAGAGUACGGCAUCCCAACGCCGGAUGUCGGCGCGGCGCACACGGCGCACCUCGCCGUGACCGAGGAUGCGACGCCCAGCACGCCGCUGCGCCUUGCGACGCUCCUCUCUGGCUCGCACAACGAUGCACAGACGCGCGCCGACCUGUUGCACCUGGCGCUCGCGUUGCAAGAGCGCCUUGCGUCGCUCUACCAGAGCAGCCCCGGCUUUGUGGAGCUCUUUACGCCGCUUGCCUUUUUGCUCGAGGUCGGUGCGUCGCGCCUGCGGGGCUCGAUGCCGACGCUCGCCAGUCUCGUAAGCACGACUGCGGCCAAGCUCCGUGCACAGCUCGAGCGUGCGGUCGAGAACCGCCGUGCGCUGCGUCUGCAGGCCCACCGUGCGCUGUCCAUUGCGUCGUACGCGCCCAAGUUCGACCAGCAGGCCUUCGACCCGAAGCGCGCGACGGACCCCGACACGGAGCGUGCGCAGACGGCCAAGCUGCGUGCGCUGCUCAAGAAGGAGCGCAAGGGAGCGAUCCGCGAGCUGCGCAAGGAUGCGCAGUUCCUGGCCGAGGCGCGCGAGCAGGCGCGCGUCGAAGAGGACGUGUCCUACAAGCGCAAGAUCGACAAGAUUACCAGUGGCCUCCAGGAGGAGCGCUCCGAGCAAAAGCAGCUCGACCGCGCCAAGGCCGUGCUCAAGAAGCGCGCCGGCAAAAAGUAG